UGUGUGUGUGUGUGACAAGAUACAGUGCCUUUGGAAAAUGUUUUAAUAACUAAACGCAACAUAAUACAAAACAAGAAACACGAACAACGCAGACAUGAAAAUGAAACAGAAACAAUGACGCCCGGGGAAGGAACCAAAGGGGGUGACAUUGAGAGGGAAGGAACCAAAGGGGGUGGCAUUGAGAGGGAAGGAACUAAAGGGGGUGACAUUGAGAGGGAAGGAACCAAAGGGGGUGACAUUGAGAGGGAAGGAACUAAAGGGGGUGACAUUGAGAGGGAAGGAACCAAAGGGGGUGGCAUUGAGAGGGAAGGAACCAAAGGGGGUGACAUUGAGAGGGAAGGAACCAAAGGGGGUGGCAUUGAGAGGGAAGGAACCAAAGGGGGUGGCAUUGAGAGGGAAGGAACCAAAGGGGGUGGCAUUGAGAGGGAAGGAACCAAAGGGGGUGGCAUUGAGAGGGAAGGAACCAAAGGGGGUGGCAUUGAGAGGGAAGGAACCAAAGGGGGUGGCAUUGAGAGGGAAGGAACCAAAGGGGGUGGCAUUGAGAGGGAAGGAACCAAAGGGAGUGACAUUGAGAGGGAAGGAACCAAAGGGGGUGAUAUUGAGAGGGAAGGAACCAAAGGGAGGGACAUUGAGAGGGAAGGAACCAAAGGGGGUGACAUUGAGAGGGAAGGAACCAAAGGGAGGGACAUUGAGAGGGAAGGAACCAAAGGGAGGGACAUUGAGAGGGAAGGAACCAAAGGGAGGGACAUUGAGAGGGAAGGAACCAAAGGGAGGGACAUUGAGAGGGAAGGAACCAAAGGGAGGGACAUUGAGAGGGAAGGAACCAAAGGGAGGGACAUUGAGAGGGAAGGAACCAAAGGGGGUGACAUUGAGAGGGAAGGAACCAAAGGGGGUGAUAUUGAGAGGGAAGGAACCAAAGGGAGGGACAUUGAGAGGGAAGGAACCAAAGGGGGUGACAUUGAGAGGGAAGGAACCAAAGGGAGGGACAUUGAGAGGGAAGGAACCAAAGGGGGUGACAUUGAGAGGGAAGGAACCAAAGGGAGGGACAUUGAGAGGGAAGGAACCAAAGGGGGGGACAUUGAGAGGGAAGGAACCAAAGGGGGUGACAUUGAGAGGGAAGGAACCAAAGGGAGGGACAUUGAGAGGGAAGGAACCAAAGGGAGGGACAUUGAGAGGGAAGGAACCAAAGGGAGUGAUAUUGAGAGGGAAGGAACCAAAGGGAGGGACAUUGAGAGGGAAGGAACCAAAGGGGGUGGCAUUGAGAGGGAAGGAACCAAAGGGGGUGAUAUUGAGAGGGAAGGAACCAAAGCGAGGGACAUUGAGAGGGAAGGAACCAAAGGGAGGGACAUUGAGAGGGAAGGAACCAAAGGAGGGACAUUGAGAGGGAAGGAACCAAAGGGAGGGACAUUGAGAGGGAAGGAACCAAAGGGAGGGACAUUGAGAGGGAAGGAACCAAAGGGAGGGACAUUGAGAGGGAAGGUGGAAGUGAUGGAGUCCAGCUGAGUGUGAUGAUACGCAGGUGCACGUAACGACGGUGACAUGUGUGCUCCAUAACAAGCAGCCUG